GCCCGCAGCCCCUCGGCACGAGCAUGACGAUCCACCGCCGCAGGCGCGCGAGCCAGAACCGGUACGACGUCGUCGAGCGCGCAAGGGAGCUCGUCGCGCUCGCGAGGGACGAGGACGAGUUUCUGAGGCGCCUCGUCGUCGGGGUCGGGGUGCGGCGCGAAGCGGGAACAGCAGCAGGGAGCAGCAGGGAAGGGUGGGGCACUGAGUGGAGCAGGUGGUUGGGCGAGGCGAGGGCCAAGGAGGCCCGGGAGCAGGCGCGCAACGCGCUCGUCGUCCCGCCCGAGCUGCAGCACCAAGCCCGCGAGGCGGCGCGCGAGCGCGAGCGGCGCAGGCUCGAGCGCGCGACGGCGGCGGCGCCGGCGGCGGCGGCGGGGAGGAGGGGACGGCGAGGGGGAGACGAGCAGUAGCGGCGGUAAGACGUCGUCGGUGC